AUGGCCUCACGCACCCUCGAGUCGGCCCUGCCAGUACUACAAGAUGCCCUGCGCUUUCAAAUCUCUACUUUGUCGGAGGACCUGCGACUAGGAGGCUUCACGCAUCGGCGGGUAAUUUUAUCUCAGCUGCCUUCUCCAACAGGCAUGACUCAGGAGCAAUUCGAGUACAUUUGGAUGAGUCCUGAGGGCCAACCAAUGACUCCUCAACCCAGUCCCGAGAUUUACGUCCACUUGAAGUCGCCUCAACAAUUCGGUGUCUACACAAUCCGCGUACGUGGUACCCGCUCGGGUUAUACACACGAACUGCAAAGCGAUGUUCUUCUGCAAUCUAACCCGGAUGGCUAUUCACUUUGGAUCUUGGGCCAAAGGGAAGCAGUAUUGCCAAACUCAAGAGUAGAUGUGUUAUGCGAGGUGCGACCGACACAUCCAGGUGCUAAGGUGCGGUGGGUGAAUGCACAGAACCUGAUGGUGGCACCUAAUAACCGACUUGUGAUUGAGCGCUUUGGGAGUUACAACGAGGGUAGUUACUAUUGUGAGGCAUUCUUACCCGAUGGAACCAUCCUUCUUAAGAAAUUCUCUCGUCAAAUGGGAAUUGAAACAGACAUCUUUGAAAGUGGGUUUGUCGGUGAUGGGAGCAAUUCCUAUGCAGUCCAUAUUGUGCGUUACCCCUCCCACUUCUUCUACAACAACGAGGUUCAAUUGCAUUGCAUUGUGCAACCGGAUGUCAGCGUCCAUAUUGUGCGUUACCCCUCCCACUUCUUCUACAACGACGAGGUUCAAUUGCAUUGCAUUGUGCAACCGGAUGUCAGCGGUGUGACAUUUGAGUGGACAAAAGACGGUAAAGUGGUGGGAAACGAUCAAGUUCUUGAUGUACCUGCCUUUGGUAGGCAGGAUGUCGGUAAAUAUCAGUGUCGUGCGACCAUCCAGUCUGUCGUCAGAAUUGCGGAGGAGAUGUUAACGCCGUCCUCUGAAGAUCCAAAGAAUGAUUUUGAAUUGGAAAGACAAGGGUUGACAAUGGAACCGAGAGUGGUGAACUCCAGUGCGUUUAAGCCUUUUGAACUCGAGUGUAUCGCACACCGUCCGGAUGUCCGACCACUAGUAGUGUUAUCUUCCGGUGCCAACAUCACCCUCGACGGGCAUUUCCAGCUUCGCUUUCCUGACGCCCGAAAGGUCAUUAUCACCGUACCCAGAGGUCUUCCCACCGUCUACAACGGAAUGUCUGUCCGGUUAGUUGAGUGCGCUUGA